AUGUCUUCGUCCGAUCAGUCUUCUGGCGCAGUUUCCGUUGCGGAGUCAAAGGAUUUGGUUAUAUCCGACGUUGCCGAGAGCCUCAAACAAGCCAAGGAAUUCCUCUCCCGAAACCGACCUGUCAACAUCAACAGUGGCAACAACAACGGAGACAGCGGCAACGACGGAAGCAGCCACACUAGCCAGGACGACUAUCAGAGAAUGGAAAAUCAAGCGGAGAAGUUAAGUAAAGAUCUGAUUUACAUAGGAGAAUCCUUCAAGAGUCUCAAGGGCUUCGAGGACAUAGCAAUUGGCCUCCUCGAAAAACUUAAACUACACAGCUCCGACGCUUUGGGAACUAGUGUACCCAAUGUUUCCUCACGACCCAAGCAGCUCCGAGCCAAGCUUCGCGCGAUCGACAAGAUUGUGAUGGAGUUGAAGCUCCGGAUCCCGCUACCCUAUAAGCUGUCCUCCGAUAAAUCCGACGCCCAUCGGUACACACGGGGUGGCACCGAGUUUGAUGACUUGGACGUGAUUGAUGAUUUGCCUGUCUUACAUGUUGACAUGGGAUUUCGGAAUAGCUUGGCUUUCCAAGAUUUUCAGUCAGUAUAUGAGAGUCUUGAGUCCACAACAAAGCUGUGCUUGCUGUGUUUUGCUUUAAUCCCGGAAAAUGAGAUUGUGAAGAAGAGGUUUAUGACCUAUUGGUGGGUUGGAGAAGGCUUUGUUAGACCAGAGGUUGAUGAUGGAACCUUGGAAGAACGGCGGUCGGUUGAGGAAGUUGCUGAUGGAAUCUUCAAAGAGCUGGCGAAGAAGCAUUGCAUUGAGCCCGUUAAUGAGAAGCACAGGUUAGUCGUGGACAGUUACAAGAUGAAUCCUUGUAUUCGUUCGGUGGUGAUUGUACUUGCCAAAGAAGCUGGGUUAUUUGAUUUUGAUAACGAAAAAUGGAAUCCCACUACCAAUUUUAAGACAUCUCACCGGGCGUAUUUAGUCAAUGGAUUUUCUCAGGAGUUGGUGAAAUUUUUCAACGAAUCGGCUACAGAGAAACGUGGCGCCGAAUUGGAUCUAGAGAAACUGCAAACAAUAUUCAAUGUCAAUGAGCCGUAUCCUGACUUUUUCAAGUCGGAGUGGUUCUCAAAGUUGAAGAAUGUCAAGGUUCUUUAUCUGGGAAGGUGGCAGACCUCAGCUAAGCAUCAUAUUGAAGUAGAGAGCGUUGAAUUCUUGAAAGGGUUGAAAAAUAUGAAACUUUUAAGGUUUUUAAGCCUUCAAGGAAUUUCCAGAAUUACCAAGCUUCCUGAUUCUGUCUGUAAGCUCUUAAAUUUGAGGAUCUUGGAUCUUAGAGCUUGUCACACUCUAGAGGAGCUUCCAGAUGGAAUAGGCUCACUCGAGAAUCUGACGCACUUGGAUAUAUCCGAGUGUUACUUGCUAGAGUACAUUCCCAAAAAGAUUAAGUUUCUCUCAAAACUCCGAGUCCUUAAAGGGUUUGUAAUUGGUGACCGUUGA